AAGACGCAAAAUUCGUCUCUCCUCCUUCACGUAUUCUCUCUCUCUCUCUCUCUCUCUCUCUCUCUCUCCCCCUCUCUGUGUCAGUCUGUUGCUUCGACAUCGCCGGAAUCCGGACGAGAUUUAAACCCAGAAUCCAAUCUCUCCCCCAUUCGCCUGAUCAAAACCCACACUUCAAUCUCUUCUCAGAUGCCCUUUUACUCAAUCAAGAACAAGUCUUGCUCGCGCAGAAUCCUGCUUCUUCUAUAGACUGACGUCCGAAGCUCAUCGUUGCCACUCGUUUACCGAUUCGCUCUAUAGCUGUUCCUGGGGUUGCUGGUUUGAAGGAACAUGGAGCUGAUUUUGGAGGGUCCUGUCGCGUUGGAGAGGGGCCAAUAGGAGCUGCCCUGUAGAGAAGUCGGCUGGAGCUCGAUAACGAUCAGUUUGGGAUUCUAACUUUGGGACUGAAGGCUUCUUCUUGGUUGGUAUAUGAAGGGAGAUGUCGCUGAGGAUAAAGGCAGUGGUGGACAAGUUCGUGCAGGAGCUGAAGGAAGCUCUCGAUGCGGACAUCCAAGACAGGAUCAUGAAGGAGAGGGAGAUGCAGAGUUAUAUCGAGGAACGGGAACGCGAGGUCGCCGAGCGCGAAGCCGCUUGGAAGGCAGAGCUCUCCCGUCGCGAGGCAGAAAUAGCCCGACAAGAAGCAAGAUUGAAGAUGGAGAAGGAAAACCUUGAGAAGGAGAAGAGCGUCCUAAUGGGGACAGCGUCGAAUCAAGAUAACCAAGACGGAGCUCUCGAGAUUACCGUGAGCGGAGAGAAGUAUCGAUGUUUAAGGUUUGCAAAGGCCAAAAAAUGAGGCCAGCUAGAAUCCGGGUCAAGGACAGGUUUCUAAUGGUUUGUGCAGAUCACCAAGCUAUAUAUCUUUUGGACAAAGGGCAAUCUAAUCAUCCGAAUUGUGUGGAUUUCACAUGAGAAGAUCAACUGUAACAUGUACAGAUGAUGCCCUUUGGCAAUGAAAUUAUUUUGAUUGAACGAAGAAGAGAAUGAAGGGCCAGUGAUUAGUUUAA